AUGGCCACCGAGGUGGAGAAGGCGCAGACGGCGCAAAAGGGCGGCGACACGCUGUUUGGGAAGAUCAUCAGGAAGGAGAUUCCCGCCAAGAUCAUCUACGAGGACGAUGAUGUUCUCGCGUUCCACGACGUCUCCCCGCAAGCGCCGGUCCAUUUCCUCGUCAUCCCCAAGAAGCAUAUCCCGAGUCUCGAGGACGCUGAGGACAAGGAUGAAGCCCUCCUCGGCAAGCUGCUCCUCACCGCUCGUCGCGUGGCCAAGGAGCUGAAGCUCGACAACGGAUAUCGCACGGUAAUCAACAACGGGAAAGACGGUUGCCAGUCGGUGUUCCACAUCCAUCUACAUGUCCUCGGCGGUCGUCAGCUGCAAUGGCCACCCGGA